ACUUCAAGUGACGUCAUACAAAGCUUCAAAAAUGGCCGAAACAGAGCAAAAUGGAAGCAUAAACUGCACAAAUGUUACGGCAACUAAUAUUGCACGAGAAAUGAUAAAUGAUAGACAUGCAGAAAGUAAUAAAACCGUAGAUUUAGCAACUGUAAAAGAAAUACCAGCAGAUUCGGAAGACUGCAAUGACGAAAGAAUACCUCAAACUGAGAGUAGCGAUGACCAAUCGAUGCUAGCAACAGCUACAGGUAAUACAAACCCAAACCCAAACCAAAGUGACACAAGCUGUACAAGUAACGAAAGUGCAGGAUAUUUCACGGAAAAUUCAGAACAUUCUUUACAAUUUGUUGAUUUUCAACAACAAUCUAACGGCGUUACUGUAAUACCAUAUCCUGUUCAGCAACACCACCAACAAACAAUGUCUUAUUACAUGCACAAUGGACAACUUUACAAUGCAUUAACACUUAAUCCUUAUACACAACCAGCAGCCAUGUAUCCGGUAUUUGAUGGACAAAAAAUUAUUUAUUAUCCGGUGCAACCAUUUUAUGCACCUGCCUGUAACGAAUAUGACCAAACAACGCCCCAGAGUUUCAGCGAGAACACUGAAUUGACACAAGGACCUGAUGAUGAAAGAAAUGGAGAAACAAAUAAUUCUACAGACAAUGCUUUACAAAUCGAAAUUAAAAGUGAUAUCGACGUCGAUUCAACUGAAAUAGACAAUGGGAACAAUGGCGAGGUUUCAAACACAAUAACAAAUACAGAUAGCCAACAACAGUCAAAUAAUCAACAGCAAAACAAUUUUCAACAAGUUGAACGAAAUUCGUCUGAUUCAGAAACGACCAACUCGUUCAAUCCUAGUGGUUAUUACAAUCAACAUCCAGAUUAUGCCUACAGGAACGGAACUAAUAUCGCUGGUCAACAUACUGUAGCUGGUGCACAUCAACCUGGAUCACAUCAACCGUACGUUUAUUCAAAUUUUCAACAAACUGAGACUAAUAUUAUACAACCAAACAUUCAGUAUUCUAAUGCAGUUUUUAAUCAAGUUCAAGACAAUUAUGGACCAAACUUACAUUCUCGAGUUUCAGAGAAACAGAAGUUUCAAUAUCCUGCUAUCUAUGUGUCAACAACAGGACUUAUUACCGUGCUUAUGAAGCAUGAUGUAUCGGUGGAGACCACUAUCGACCAAACUUUGCGACUGGUCAGUCACCAACAGAAACUUGUUGUUUCGAUAAACAAUCGUGGAAAUGCAAGUUAUUUAUUUCACCCAGCAGCACAUAUUAUGCAAGAUCUGACGACUACAGAGGCCGAAAUAUUUCUCGGUAGGAAAGUCAAAAUGGCAACCGAUUUCAUAACAUUUGCAAAUAACUUUAACUGUUACAAGUUUGAUCAUGAUCAAAUUGAUAAAACGACUCCUCAGUUUUCAGAUUUGUCAAAAGAUAGGUCUGUGAAUUUUCUAUUUUCAGACAAUCAGUCGAAUCCAGAAAUGUUACAACAAUGUUCAGACAUCAUCUCAAGAGCAGAAUACGAGCGUAACCAGAGAGGUGGAAUUUGCAUUCGAAUCAACGGCUACAAAAUUGUUCAAACUGUUAAGGGUGACGUGAUAGUAUCUGGAAAAGGUAAAUACCUCCGCAUGUCUCCUACCACUUCUGUGUUGCGUUUAGAUACGAAUUUUGUUACGAUGGACGUUGAAAUGAACUGGAAUGUAAGGAUAAAGCGAGGCGCUCAUACACUCAAUGCUAGUCAUUUAGGGUUAGUGGUUUCAAACGGUAAAGUUGAAGCUGCAUUUGACGAACGGAAUAAAGUGCACGCGUGUAAACUGCCAAGUCGUCGGCCGUUGUUGAUAGGAGGAGCCAACAACCGUAGAAGUAGAGAACUUUCACCAGUCGAUUGAAUAUGGUCAAAAUAUGUAAAACAUGACAAUUGAGAUUGUUAAUCAGUAUCUGUGAUAUUUUAUUUUUAUCAAGUUAUGCAAUAAAAGCAGUAAAUCUCGGGAAUUGAA